AAACAUCACUCAAUUAGUCCGUAAAGUUAUCAGUAAGUGAAUUUGAUUUGUUAAUAUUUGGUAAAUGUAAAAAAAACUUGCUACAUAAUAUGAAAUAUCAACUGUUUACUACACGAUUUUUAGCAAUAUGACAAUGGAACUGAUUACUUACCUACUAUUAAUGGCUAUUAUCAGCAUUGGAAAUACUGAAGAUGUUUAUAAAAAACGAUUUUUGGAACAAUACAAUAAAAUACAUGAUCCAGCCAUCUCUUCCAAAGGAAUACCUUAUCAUGCAGUUGAAACUCUUGUAGUGGAAUCAUGUGAUUAUGGUCAUGAAACGACAUCAGAAGCUCAUAGUUAUUAUAUUUGGUUAGAAGCAAUGUAUGGUGCAGUAACAGAUGAUUAUUCUAAAUUCAAUCAGGCUUGGGAAAUAAUGGAAAAAUAUAUUAUUCCUCUUCAUGAAAGUCAACCUAAUACAAAUCUCUAUAAUGCGUCUCAUCCUGCUACCUACGGACCUGAAAUGGACUAUCCUGAACAGUAUCCCACGGGACCUGUUGACCCUCCUGCUCGAGUGGGAGUAGAUCCACUAUACCAGGAAUUAGUAGAUGCCUAUGGAACUAGCGACAUAUAUGCAAUGCAUUGGUUAACAGAUGUGGACAACGUUUAUGGAUUUGGUAAUAGCCCAGGUAAUUGUGAACUUGGGCCAGGUGAACCUGGACCAUCUUAUAUCAAUACUUACCAAAGAGGAGAGAGAGAAAAUGCUUGGAAAACUAUUCCUCAACCAACGUGUGACUCAUUCAAGUAUGGUGGUCCACAGGGGUUCGGUAGUAUAUUUUCUACUGGUGAACACGCUCCUAAUUGGAAAUACUCCGUGGCUCCUGAUGCUGAUGCUAGAGCAAUUUCAGCAGCUUUCUGGGCUUCAAGGUGGGCUACUGAAAGUGGCCAACUUUCUCAGAUAAUAGAAACUUUAGAAAAAACUGCCAAACUCGGCGACUAUUUGAGGUAUUGUUUUUUCGACAAAUAUUUUAACAAAAUAGGAAACUGCAUAGAUCCCUACGCAUGUCCUGGGGGCACCGGCAAAGAGAGUGCACAUUAUUUAAUAGGAUGGUAUUUUGGAUGGGGAGGUUCAAUAGCUACGCAGUAUGGUUACUCUUGGAGAAUAGGGGAGGGUGUGGCUCACUUUGGUUACCAAAACCCUAUGGCUGCUUUUGCAUUGAUUAAUGAGCCCAAUAUGACUCCCAAAGGAGCUACUGCUGUUGAGGAUUGGAAAAAAUCUCUAGAUAGACAAUUGGAGCUGUACGAGUAUUUGCAAUCUAUUGAAGGUGCAAUUGCUGGAGGUGUGUCUAAUAGCUGGAAAGGUAGAUAUGAAGUACCACCAGAAGAAUUAACUGUUAAUACCUUCCAUGGUAUGUUCUAUAAUUGGGAACCAGUUGCUGUUGAUCCUCCAUCGAAUCAAUGGUUUGGAAUGCAACCUUGGUCAACGGAUCGAUUGGCUCAAUAUUAUUACGUAACUGGAGAUAAAAGAGCUGAAAAAAUUCUUGAAAAAUGGGUUUCUUGGAUCUUAUCUGAAACAUCCUUUAAUGGAGACUCUUAUCAGAUGCCUAGCACAUUAGAUUGGGAGGGAGUACCUCCUAGUGUGCAUUGUAAGGUGAUUACUUAUGGAAAUGGAGUUGGACCUGCAGCUUCUACAGCUAGAGCUCUCUCUUAUUAUGCAGCAAAAUCAAAUAAUACAGACGCAAAGGAUCUCGCCAAGAAGUUGUUGGAUAGUAUGUGGAAUUUAUAUCGAACUUCAUUAGGUAUCGCUAUCGAAGAAAAACCCGAAUUUCAUUUCAACCAAAGUGUGUAUGUACCACAAGGUUUCGAAGGUGUAUAUCCCAAUGGCGAUAAGAUAAACUCAGAAUCAACUUUUAUUAGUAUGAGAUUGUUUUACAAAAAUGAUCCUCACUGGUAUGAGAUUGAACAGUAUAUGAAUGGAGGACCAUCCCCAAAGUUUACAUAUCACAGAUUUUGGGAUCAAACUGAUGUGGCCCUUGGAUUUGGAGUUUAUGGACUAUUAUUCAAUGAAUAAUCAAAGCUUUAUUGAUUUGAAUACAAUUAUUAGUAUGCAAGCAUUUUAAUUCUGAACUUUACAUAAUCACAUUUGUCCAAAAAUUAUACUCAUCCCCGUUGAUUAGUAUCAAAAACUUAAUGUUAUAAUAUGAAAUAUCGAAAUCCAUAGUGAAAAUAUAUUUAUUGAAAUUCCUCAAAA